CAUAACCUAACAUUUUACAUGUGCCCACAUUAUCGUUUGUUUACAUAUUUAUAUAUUAAUUAUAUUAUUCAAUUCACAGUUCGGGCCGCAGUGUAUAAGUGAGUGAAUAUGGCCAAAAUAAAAAAUAAAUCGAAAUUUUCUGCAGAUCGAAUCCAUAAGAAGAAAGAAAAGUUAGGUACAAAACCACAAAUGAACCCUUUUGAAGUGCAUGUAAAUAAAGAAAAACUAAGAGUUAUAGGAAAAAAAGCAAAAAAUGAUAGAGGUUUACCUGGUGUAUCUAGAGGGAAAUCCAUCGAAAAAAGGAAAUAUACUCUCUUGAAGGAAUAUAAAGUUCAGAACAAGUCAAAUAAAUUUAUGGAUAAGCGGAUUGGUGAAAAAAGCCAUGAAAUGACUUCUGAAGAUAAGGCUAUGGCUCGGUUCACUGCAGUAAGAAUCAAAGCUCAUAACAAAAAAAGUAUAUUCAAUCUUGCGGAGGAUGAAAUUUUGACACAUAAAGGACAAACUCUAAGUGAAAUUGAAAAAUUUGAUGAUCCAAGAUCUGAUGAUGAAAGUUUGGAUGAAGAUUCUGGAAAAUUGGAAAAAGAUUUUGUAGGUGAGGCUCAUUUUGGAGGAGGUAUUCUUAAGAAAACUGGAGUUGAGGGAGCAAAGAGUCAUAAAGAUCUUAUCGAUCAGUUAAUAGCAGAGUCAAAGAAAAGGAAAGCCGAAAAACAGAAAGCCAAAGAAGCUACUUUAGAAUUAACAGAAAAGUUAGAUGAAGAUUGGAAAGAUUUACUUCCUCUUGUCAAUAAGAGCAGAAAAACAGGAGAUGAUGGAAUACAAAAAUCCAAAGUUGAUAAUUAUGAUCGACUCAUGGGAGAACUCAGAUUUGAGGCUAGAGGUACAGUCUCGGAUCGUCUCAAGACUGAAGAUGAAGUAGCUAAAGAAGAGAAAGAUCGACUAGAACAACUUGAAAAGGAUAGACUGGCACGAAUGCAAGGAUUUGUUAAUGAAAGUAAUGUUAAAAUUAACCACAGAAGCGCAGAUGAUCUGGAUGAUGAUAUUGUUUAUGAAGAGGAUCCUGAUUAUGUGCUUAGUUAUAACACAGAAGGUCAGUCAAAUUUUGAAGUGAACGCAGAUAUUAAUGGUAAAACCCUCAACGGAAAUCAACUGCCAGAGGAAGAAGGUAGUUGUGAUGAAAAAUCUGAAGAAAUUGAAAAAACUUCAGAUGAAGAACUAGAAACAGAUUCUGAAGAUAAUUUAUCUGACUUGAAGGAAGAUACCAGUGAAAGUGACGAAAGCGAAACAGAAGAAGCGUUUGAAAAAGUUGAAGACAAACUAGGAGACGAAGUUUGUCAAGAAGUUGAGAUAAAAAAAUCCAACGAAGAUAUUGAAGCCCAGGAAAAAAUCAAACGUGAACUAGCUCAGAGAAAGGAAAUAAUGGAGAAAGCUCGGAAUGAGCUUCCUUACACAUACAGUUUACCUGACUCUUAUGAAAGUUUAUUGAAAUUAUUUGAAAAUCAACCAAGUACUCACCAGAGUGUCAUUCUUGAAAGAAUUAUCAAAUGCAAUCAUCCAAGCUUAUCAGAAGGAAAUAAGGAUAACCUUGGAUUACUUUUUGCAUAUUUACUUCAGUAUUUGAAUGAUUUGUUCAGUGAAAUUCAACAACUGAAUUCUGUUAAGAAUAGUUUCGAAAUAUUUCGCAGUUUACUACCUCAAAUAUAUGAGUUAGCUCAAUUGAAUCCAGAAAAUGCACAUAAUUCAGUAUUGGAGGUUAUUAAAGAAAAGCAUCAAGAGUAUAGAAAAAAACCAAAAACAUAUCCUGGAUUGGAGGUUUUUGUAUUUCUUAAGUUGGUUAGUAUAUUAUUUUCAACAUCAGACUUUCGGCACCAAGUUGUUACUCCCUGUUUCAUUUUCAUAGAACAGAUACUUAACCAUUGUAAGAACAGAAACAGAAGGGAAAUCAGUUAUGGAAUAUUUCUUACCACUAUAGUUUUAGAGUAUACUUCAAUUUCCCGACGAUAUUUACCUGCCGUCAUUAAUUACCUAGCAGGGCUUCUGCAUAUGGCAAUUCCAAAAACUGGGGUGAAACUAAUAAAGGUCAUUCCUCCAUUCAAACCAACAUCAAGUAUUCUUGUUUUAUUGAAAAAUUUCAGUUUAAAAUAUGACAAGACGCUCCUAAUGGAGAGUACUGACCUAAUUCGAAUUGAUAUAGACGAGGACUUCAAAUUGAGAACCCUUUACAAUGUUACUAAAUUACUGGAAGAGUUUCAUCAUAAUCUGAGUGAACUUCCUAGUGCUGUUGAAAUUUUUGAACCUGUACUAAGAUAUUUGAUACUUAUACCUACCACAAAUUAUCCGGAACAAGUGAGAAAUGUUAUGGAAAAAUUGAAAACGUCUUUGAAGGAGUCUAAAAUUGAAAGGAAACUGGAAUAUAUAGUUAUGGAAGCUAAGAGACCCAAGGCUUUAAGAUUAUAUGAACCCAAAAUUGAAGAAGUGUAUGAUGGCAAACGCUUCAAAGUACAAUCAAAAGAAAAGGCUGAACGUAGCAAAUUGUUGCACAAGCUCAAAAAUGAGAGAAAAGGGGCAAUAAGGGAAAUCCGUAAAGAUAAGGCAUUCUUAGGGAGAGUAAAAAUAAACCAACAGAUCAGAAGCGACAAUGAAAGAAGAGAAAAAGUCAAACGUAUUUAUGCAGAGGCAGCCAUGCAGCAGAGUGAAUUGAAUGAAUUAGACAGAAAGAAGAAACGAAAGAAGUGAUGUUAUGAAUAAUAUUGUUGAUAUGUACAUAAUUUUUAAUAAAAUACAGAAAAUUGUACGUGAA